CGUCACCAUGGUAAUCUAGGCAACAACUAUGGCUGAAGAGAAAGAGGCUGCCGACGCACUUGUGUCAGAGCUACAGAAAAAGAUCACCGAAGCAUUUGAAGUGUUUGACCAUGAAAACAACAAAACUGUAGAUGUUCGAGAAAUUGGGACGAUCAUAAGAUCAUUAGGAUGUUGCCCGACGGAAGGAGAACUUCACGAUAUGCUUGCGGAGGUGGAGGAAGAAGAACCUACAGGGUUCAUUCGCUUUGAGAAGUUCUUAACAAUGAUGACAAAAGUAUUACUGGAAAGAAGGUAUCGGCCAAUAGCUGAAGAUGUCCUUCAACGAGCAUUUGAGGUUUUAGAUGACAAGAAAAAAGGAUUCCUCACUAAAGAAGAGCUUAUUAAAUACAUGACAGAAGAAGGUGAACCAUUUACACAAGAAGAGAUGGAGGAAAUGGUCUCUGCUGCAGUUGAUCCAGACAAGAAUAUUGUUCCUUACAAGGACUAUGUGUCAAUGAUGAUAGUAGAUUAUUAAUACCGCAA